GCCUCCUCAAAAAAAAAAAUAGGAUGAGAAAAUAAUCCAUAUUACAUAUAAAACAACACAAAUAUUACAAAUUACGACAUUAAAAAGAGCGCAAGUCACUCAUAUUUCUAAAGGAACACUGCCCAACAGCGACACCCGCAGGCAAAGUUACAGCAGGAGUCAUGCCUCCCUUUCCACUCGUAGAAAACCAUUAGACCCUCUAUAGUGUGCGGUGGGUUUUGUGGGGGGUAAUUGAGAAUGAAUGGGGGAAAGUCACGUGAGAGGGGGGAAAGUCACAUGAGAGGAGGCAAUGUCUCCAUCGCGCUAUGAUUGGAUGUAAUUGGUUAUGAUUGGAUAUGAUUGGUUUGUGCGAUAAAUCCCGCCUCUUGUUUCCGUGCACGUGCUGUGCGUCAGUUUGAAUGAACAAAUGAUGGCGUCAGUGGGAAGACUAAUUGAAAAGUAAGUAAACAUAUCACCCAGUUAGAUAUCAUCGCUUUAUGUUAUGUCAAAAUCAAACUUGAAAUGGACUGAAAACAUGUUUUUUAGUGCAAUCAGCUUUUGGUGUAAUUAAAAAUGCAUCUUCGUGUCUGUGACAGACGGUGUUUACAGAGCAUGACUGAUGAUCCAAAAUAGCCUAAGUUGACUAUUAAAAAGAAAAACAUCAAUACACAAAUAAAAUAUAUUGUUUGAAUUGUUACAGCCUAUGGUUAUUAUUUUGGAAUGAAUGUAGAAAUGCUUAAAACACUAACUUGAUGAGAUUGACUUGGUUUUGAUAAACAGAACAUUUAUUACAAUACAUUGUUAAUGUAAAAUUACAAAAUAGAAUUGUAUUUGGUUUCUUUUUUUUCUUUUUUGAUGUAAUGUAAUGUUCAUUUAACAAGGAAGAUGUGUCAACGUUAAGAGUAAUGCACAUGAAUUUACAUUUGAUUCAUAAAUAAAUAAAAAAUGUGCUUCCUCAUUUCAGAACACCACUGCACGCCACUUAUAUAUAUAUAUAUAUAUAUAUAUAUAUGGAACUGAAAUGAUUUAAUACAUUUCGUGUGAUUGCAGACCACAUUCGGCUUUAGAUGGAAAAACCACACGCCUCAGUCUUUUUUUGUAAUGUCAUCAUUGAAAAGAUCUGUUACUAGCGGUGUAGCUUAAAAAAAACCAUGAUGUGCAAGCACAUGAAGUUGUCAGUGAAAUACCUAAUAAUAGUGUUUCUGUUUUUAGAAAAACUAAAUGCAAGCAAUUCAUAGUCUCCUCAUGACAUCAAAAUAGGCAUUAAUUACUUUCUUAAUACACAUUCAUGGUCUUACUGCACACAAUUCAUCAGCGCGUGUUACUCCAGAAAAAAAGCAGCUUUCCUUUUCAGCUAACGUCUUGAAUAUCUCUAAUGUUUCAUCCUCUCUUUUCAAUCUGUAAUGUUUAACACCCCUACCUGCACACACAUAGAAAUACAAUUUCAGUGUGUGAAAGUGUAAGCCUUUAUAUUGACAACCACACUAACCUAUCCACUACAUCCUGUAAGUGCAGUCUUAAAAGGGACUCUAUCUGUCUGUCUGUCUGUCAGUCUAGCUAUAAAUACACAUACACACACUUUUAAUUAUUAUUAUUAUUAAUGUGCCUAAGGCAGUUAGUUAAGAGAUUAAACUUUGCAGAUGCUUAGCUGCUAUUUUUUUUUAAAACCACAAAGGAAAUGGCUACAUGUAGGGUUUUUUUUUUUUUCUUUUUUCCCCCCUGUACAACAUGCGUAUACUAGGUUAGAAGUGGCAAAGGACCACAUAACACAACAAGGAACAAGCAUUUCAUAACUGAUUCAUACGGAUUUGACUGCAAGCAAACAGAUUUAUCACUAAAAUGGAAAACUGCACAAAUGUCUACAUGGUGCUAAACAGCAUAGAGAAAGUGGCCAUCGGCACGAUCUGUCUCAUAAUCGCACCCUUCAGCCUCCUGGUCAAUGUGCUUGUUCUGGUUGUCAUAGCCAGCUCUGGGAACUUGCGGCGACAUUCGUCAUACCAGUUUAUGGGAAGCUUGGCACUGGCUGACACUAUCGCAUGCUGCUCUUUCACCAUCACCUUCCUGGAAUUCCACCUUAAAUCGGACAACUCUUCUGAGGAAACAAAGUAUCUGCUUAAGCUGAGUGGUGUGACCAUAGCGUUUACGGGCUCAGUUGGAAGUCUGCUUUUGAUGGCAGUAGACCGCUAUUUCGCCAUCUACAAGCCUAUCACCUACAAGAUCCAACUGACAAGUAAAAGAGCCUUGGUGGGUAUUGUGACAUUAUGGGCCGUUGCUGCCCUCAUUUCCUUCCUUCCUCUGAUGGGCUGGUGUUGUAAGACUUGUCAAACGUGCUCCAAUCUCUUUCCAUACGUGGAUCGCUCCUACCUGGCAUUCUAUGCCAGUCUUGUGUUGGUGGUGCUCAUCCUCAUACUGAUAGCCUAUGCCCUGAUAGUGUUUUGGGCCCACCAACAUGAAGCCAGCAUGAACACUGAUCAUCCAGGGCUGGCACGUAUGCGCGUGGACAUCCAUUUGGCAAAGACUUUUUGCUGUAUAAUUGUGAUUCUGUUAGUGUGUUGGCUGCCUGUCCUUUCCUUCAUGAUGACAGAUGUAGUUACGGCCGAUCUUUCAAAACCACAAAAAAGUGCAUUUGCUUUCUGCAGUACUUUAUGUCUGCUGAACUCAGGCAUCAACCCAUUGUUUUAUACUCUGCGCUGCCGUGAGCUACGUGCAGCACUUAAAUCAUUAGUAAAUGGUUUAAGGAGAUGCAAGGGUUGUAGUUCACCAGCUAGUAACUAAUACUAGCUAGUAAACAACAUUUAGCUAAAAAACAGAAGUGUUAGCUCCAAAACCUAACAACAGCUUUAUAAUAAUAUGUAUUGUUUAUUCAUAUAUUGUAUAUUCAGCUUUGUGUACACUUUAUAUCUGUAAAAAAUAAAAAGAAGGUAGGAAAGAAGAGACAGACAGGAAGCAAACACAUUUAAGAUUAGCAUGUUAGUCCGCUUUUAUGAUUUUCAUUGUAUGCUGAUUUUUGCAUAUUAUUUUUCAUGAGUAAAUAUUUACUUUAAUAUGGAAGCCUGUAUCUGCCCUCUCUUAAUUGUGAGCUGAAGUUUAGAAUAACAUUUAAAGAGAUAAAGUCGCAUUUUGAGAUAUUAAUCAAGCCAUAAUUACUGCAUAUAAGGUGAAUACUGAGAUAUAGUAUACACUACUGUUCAAAAGUUUGGAGGCAGUAUUUUUGGUGCACAAAAAGUAUUCUAGUUGCUUUAUAAUAAUAAGGUUGGACCACUGUAGUCACAUGAACUGUUUUAAAUAUUUUUUUUAGUAGCUUUCUGGGCAUUGAAAAGGGGAGUGUUAUUGCUGGCUAUGCAGGUCUCACUGAGCCAUCGGAUUUUAUCAAAAAUAUAUUAAAUUGUGUUCCAAAGAUGAACGAAGGUCUUAGGGGUGUAGAACGACAUGAGGGUGAGUAAUUAAUGACAUAAUUUUUAUUUUUGGGUGAACUAACCCUUUAAUUUAAUUUAAUAGAAUUUUAUCUAUUGAAUCUUGAAAACAGUUGUGCUGCUUAAUAUUUUUGUGGAAACCGUGAUACAUUUGUUUCAAGGAUUCUUUGAUGAAAAGACAGUUUAAAAGAACAGCAUUUAUUUGAAAUUGAAAUAUUUUAACAUUAUAAAUUGUAAGUAACAUUAUAAAUAUUAUUACUGUCACUUCUGAUCAAUUUAAUGUGUCCUUGCUGAAUAUAAGUAUUCAUUUCUUUAAAACAAAACAUUACUGAGCCCAAACCUUUUGAAUGGUAGUAUAAAAAGUCACAAUUAUGAGAAAUAAAGUCACAAAUACAAGAAAAAAAUUUGCAAUUAUGAGAAAUAGUCAUGAUUUUGAUAUAAAAAGUCUUGGUUAUUAGAAAUAGUCACAAUUACGCUAAAUAUAAAUAUUAAUUUCUUUAAAACAAAACAUUACUGAGCCCAAACUUUUGAACGGUAGUGUAAAAAGUCACAAUUAUGAGAAAUAAAGUCACAAAUACAAGAAAAAAAGUUGCAAUUAUGAGAAAUAGUCAUGUUUUUGAUAUAAAAAGUCUUGGUUAUUAGAAACAGUCACAAUUACGCUAAAUAUAAGUAUUAAUUUCUUUAAAACAAAACAUUACUGAGCCCAGACUUUUUAAUGGUAGUGUAAAAAGUCACAAUUAUGUGAAAUAAAGUCACAAAUACAAGAAAAAAAGUUGCAAUUAUGAGAAAUAGUCAUGAUUUUGAUAUAAAAAGUCUUGGUUAUUAGAAAUAGUCACAAUUACAGUACCAAUUUAUUUUUUCCCACCAUGGUAACUACAAAUUUUAUUAUACAAAGAGACAUUGCAAGAUUUAAACAAAAGGCUACCAUUUUUAUCCAAUAAAAUCAUAAAUUUUGUCA